UUUACUGCUGCUUCAAAUCUUGAACUUGAGUUUCCUUGUUAAGAUAUAGAUUAUUAAUAAACGCUGUUAUUAUUGCAGAAGCUUCUUUACAUGCCCAGCUAAUAAGGCAAUUUCUCCCCUCCUUUUGUUUUCGUCUAUUUUAAGCCAACCGCCCAGAAACAGUCGACAAAAUACAAGACAAAUAGAGCAAGGCACAAUAUACCCAAAAAUCUUUAAUUCGUUUAACUUUAGGAACCACUCAAUCCCAUAGGAAAGGGAGCUCCUUUUGUUUUGCUUAUCAGAAACCAAAAUGGGGGCUUCUGAAUCGGUCCCUCAGAAAUCAAUCCAUCAAUUUACUGUCAAGGAUAACAAAGGUCAGGACGUGGACCUUAGCAUAUACGAAGGAAAAGUUCUCCUUGUGGUUAAUGUUGCUUCUAAAUGUGGGUUUACUGACUCGAAUUACACCCAGUUGACUGAUCUUUACGGCAAAUACAAGGAUCAAGGUCUAGAGAUCUUGGCAUUCCCAUGCAAUCAGUUUUUGAAGCAAGAACCUGGUACAGACCAAGAAGUACAACAGUUCGCUUGUACAAGAUACAAGGCUGAAUAUCCUAUUUUUCGAAAGAUUCGUGUCAAUGGGCCAAAGACGGAACCUAUCUACAAGUUUUUAAAAUCAAACAAAUCUGGAUUCCUGGGAUCUAGGAUAAAGUGGAACUUCACAAAGUUUUUAGUUGAUAAAAAUGGCCAUGUCCUUGGUCGCUAUAGCCCAACCACCGCACCACUGGCCAUAGAGGCUGACAUCAAGAAAGCAUUGGGAGUGGAUACGUGAAAGAUACAGGAUGAGUUGGAAGGGAAGAUAAAAUUGGAGAGAAUGUAAAGAUUAAAGUGUUAGCCAUGCCCAUGAUAAUGUAUGCUAUUAUGUUGGUGGAUUGACUAUUGGGAUAUAUCUAUGUUGAUGAUGCCUCAUGUAAUGACAUCCGCUGCUUUAGUUAAAGAAUAGUUGUCUUCCAUUGUUGUCAUUAA